AUGGUGGUGUUUGUCGACCUCGACGAUGCAAUUGCGGAUGGAUCGGCAUUCUUGGAGAAGCCAUACCCUUCGAUGGUUGACCCCAUCUCGGACCCGGCCGAGUUACCCGCAUCGCCUACUUUCCCGAAUGAAACGAAGGACAUCCUAAACCCCAAUCGGAAUGGAUUCUCCGCGGCUUUGAGUUGUUACCCCAUCGUCAAGGAAAUAGCUCGUGCCAUCGACCUAAAUACCCUAUACGCCCUCUCGAGCACAUGUCGCCAAUUCCACGUGAACUUGGCACCCUUCCGUCACCAACUAGUGAAAGAGACUCUCCGAUGCGAAAAUGAAUACAUCGAAACCCUAGCAGAAAUGCUAGACAGCGGCUCCGUCCUCCCAGACAGUGUCAAAUCAGUAAUACGACUACUAAGCCGUCCCGGCGAGAGCCGCAUGACCCGCGGGAAGGUAGCCAAAUGCGCGCGCGACAUGGUAGGCGAAUGUCGACGCUGCGCUAAGGUUAACUGCACAAUCAAAGCUCCGUCCCAACCAGCCCUUAAAAACCGUAUCCGUCGGCUCUGCGCAUCCUGCGGAACAGCGCCACUAUCCUCACACCUCUCCUGCCCAACCUCAGAUCAACACCCCGACCCGUGGGACGAGAAUAGCGUCGCGGCAGUUGCGUUCGCGCGCAAUCCUUGUAAUUGCGAGGAAGCUGUUUGGCUAUGCACGCAGUGCGGAACGACGUUGCGCAGUAGUGACACUACAUACCGUCGUGUCUGGACAUGGCGCACGCGUUAUAGCACGUAUCUUGGCGGAGGGCUGGGAACUGGUAUUGGUGAAGGUUGUCAGGGUGUUAAGUGUGGACGUGGCGAGAGCUGUCUUGCUGCGCAGGAGAUUGAGCUUGAAGUUGAUUGUGAGGCUGAUGAGGGGUCUGGGAGUGACACUGGUAGUAUUGAACAGAGUCCUGCAGCUCCGUCGUUUGGUCAUGAAGGGACUGGGGUCUCGACGGAUAGUCAUGAUGAUGAGGAGCCUGGGUAUUUCAGGCAGGAGGUUAUUGGGUUGGGUGGUGUUGUUAAGCAUAAGUCUAAGAAAAGGGUUAAUGUUGGGGCUUGUGUUGUUGAGUAUGAGGAUGAGAGGGAGACGGGGAAUUAUCUUGAGAGAGAGGAAAAAGGUUUGUAUCGUAGUUGGUGUGGGUGGUGUUCUAGAGUGAUUCCGGCAAAGAGCGAGACUUGA